GCCCGGCCGGGGCUGCGGCGCCUCCCGCGGCCAGCGCAGCCUGCCGGCUCGUCCGGUCCUGCCCCUGCUGCCGCUGCUGCUCCUGGCCCUGCUGCUGCUCCCGACCCUGCUGCUGCUCGUCCCGGUCCUGCCCCUGCUGCCGCUGCUGCUCCCGACCCUGCUGCUGCUCGUCCCGGUCCUGCCCCUGCUGCCGCUGCUGCUCAUCCCCGUCCCGCUGCUGAUCCGAUCCCACUGCCGCAGAUCCCGAUCCUGCUGCUGAUCCUGAUCCUUCUGCUGAUCCAGCCGCUGCUGCUCUCGAUCCUGCUGCUGCUGCAGCUCCGGCCGCGGUCAAUCGCCCGGAACAGCCAGCUCCAAAUUAUCCAGCCUGGCCAGGGCCGAGGGAAUGCGGCAGCAGCCCCCGAGGUCACCGCAGCGAGCCUGAGCUCGGGCACCAAGGAAAAACGAGACAAACCCGCCGGGAUUUGCAAUGCGAGCAGCCUUUCCAGGUUUCUUUUCCGCUUUGCUCCCACCCUGCUGUUGGAUUUGAGAUCAUGUCGGUUAACAUUGUAGCUUUUGGGAAUGAAAGAGAUGGUUUUUCUGAGGACAAUCAGCAGCCCAGCCUGAUCUGGAGCUAUCUCAGGAGAAGUGCCCUCAUUUCCCAGAUCGACAGCAGCUUGUCUGCCAGUCACGUUGGAAACCCGGUUUUUACUGAGUAUCAAGCCUGCGUAUUUGGAAAUGUCAGACUGGUGGUACACGACUGUCCUGUCUGGGAUAUAUUUGACAGUGACUGGUAUACUUCCUGCAGGCUCAUUGGAGGAGCUGAUAUUAUUGUGAUUAAAUACUCUGUCAAUGACAAGACUUCAUUUCAGGAACUAAAGGACAGCUAUGUGCCAAUGGUAAAAAAAGCACUAAAUCACUGUUCAGUUCCAGUAAUAAUUUCUGCUAUUGGUGCAAGAAAAAACGGAGUGCCUUGCACCUGUCCCCUCUGCACUUCAGAUAGGAGGAGCUGUGUCACAACUUCUGAAGGAGUUCAGCUUGCAAAGGAACUCGGAGCCACUUACCUUGAACUGCACACUCUUAAUGACUUCUACAUACAGAAAUACUUUGGAGGAGUGCUGGAAUAUUUUAUGAUCCAAAGUUUGAAUCAGAAGUCAUCUGAAAAAAUGAAGAAAAGGAAGAAGACACAGAAGUGCCAUCGAGUCCAACCACCUCAGCUUGAACAGCCAGAAAAGAUGCCGAUCCUCAAGGGCGAAGCCUCGCACUACAACGCAGACCUGCACAACCUGCUCUGCUGCUGCCAGUGUGCAGACGUGGCCUUCUACGCCGAGGACCUGAGCACGGCGGUGGAGGCUCACAAGAUCAUCCUGUGCUCUGCCAGCCAGCUGUUCAUGCUGCUGUUCGGGGUGAGGAGCCCGUGCGGUGCCCAGGACGCCUCGGCGGUGCAGCUGGCGCAGAGCCUCUUCGCCCUGCAGACGGGGGACCCCUGCCCCGGGCCCCCGCCCUGCGCCCCGCCCGUCAGGGUGCUGGUGAAGGAUCCCGCCUUCUGCUCUUGCCUCCCAGACAUCCUCCACUUCAUCUAUUCAGGUGCUUUCCAGUGGGAACGAUUAGAAGAGGACAUAAAAAAGAAGUUGAAGGAUCCAGAUAAAACAGAACAUGUACUUGAGAAAGUUAAAUGCAUCCUGAAAACUCCAGGGAAGCUAAACACUGUAAAGGACUGCAAGUCUCACCAGAUAAAACGGCUCUAUAACACUUCCCUCAGGCUAUUCUUUAACACACCCCUGCUAGCUGAUGUAAUCUUCAAAAUACAAGGUGCAACUGUACCAGCCCACAGGGCCGUUCUGGUGGCCCGCUGUGAGGUUAUGGCAGCUAUGUUCAAUGGUAAUUACCUAGAAGCAAAUAGCAUUCUGGUUCCAGUGUAUGGGGUUUCCAAAGACACUUUCCUGUCCUUCCUGGAAUAUCUCUACACUGACUCCUGCUGCCCAGCCAGUAUUCUCCAAGCAAUGUCCCUGCUGAUCUGUGCAGAGAUGUACCAAGUAAUGAGACUCCAGCAUAUUUGUGAACUUUACAUCAUCACGCAGCUUCAGAGCAUGCCUAGCAGGGAACUGGCUUCCACAAGCCUCAGUAUUGUUAGCUUGCUCAAAAAAGCUAAGUUUCACAAUUCUGACUGCCUUUCAACUUGGCUUCUUCAUUUUAUUGCCACUAACUACCUCAUCUUCAGUCAAAAGCCUGAAUUUCAAGAACUUUCAGUGGAAGAGCGCAAUUUUGUAGAGAUGCACCGAUGGCCUUCAAACUUGUACCUGAAGCAGCUUGCUGAUUACAGGAACUAUAUCCACUCUCAGAAAUGCCACUGCACAGUAAUGUAAAGAGACUGAAUACAAACAAAGUGCAUCUCAAUUGCAAAAUUUCAGGUUGGGGAUUAUACAGAAUAUAAAAACCGUGUCAAGAGUGAAACCUGAUGCUGACCUCCUCUGGAAAUUACAGACAUUCUUUGUUUUGCUAACAAAUAAUUCUAAUUUUUACCUUGAAGCAUUGAGAAAUGUAUGUUGAAGAUUUAUUUUAAGCACAAGGACUUCAUAUUCAUGGGGAUUAAAUGUAUUAUAGGACAGUGUCAUGACUGGCAUCUGUUCCCCCUUCUAAUUUCCUUUUUGUUUAUUUUAUUGUUUUUCAUGGUUAUUUGUGGCUGCUAAACUGAAUCUGUUGAAAAUAGACUGGUUUUGUAAAUCUGUGUGUAUUAGAAGCAUAGGAGUACAGUAGCAGUGUAGGGAAGCUGAGAAGCCAGGUCAUAAGCUCUUCAUACACUUCAGGAUGAAAAAAUUUUCUGCAGCAUUUGUUAUUUCACAAUACAAAGGGUAGGCUUAAGAAGCACUGUAGUAACUAUUAAUUUAUUACUUUAGAGAAAGCCUGCAGUUCUGUUAUUUUAAUUCCAGAGGAAUGCCUAUGCAUAGUUGUUUUCUCUAGUGCCUCCCAAAUAUCUAAAAAAAAAAAUAAUUUUUCCUGCCAGUAAGUAGGAGAAGAAAGCCUGUUUUAACAGGCAGAACACCUUUGCUAGUGUGGUCAUAUUGUAGUUUCCCUCAUGAGGAAUAAAGAGAGGGAAAACUACAUGUGCUCAGAGCAUAUCUGCAUGGUACUAAUGGACAGGGAAGAAAGGCAGUGAGGUCAACAGCCUUUCAUGAGGUUUGGGCAACAAACUCACUAGUAGAAGUGGCUUUUUUGGGAAAAUGGUGUCUUGUAAUCUUAGUCCCCACAACAGCUGGCAGCAUAAAUGUUAGGUGAGCUGGUCAUGGAGGCGAUGAUCCCCACGGAUUUGGCAGUGCUGCCAGGGAUGUUGGCUUUUGUGGCGGGACUUUGAGCUCAAACCUCCCCAGCAGGGACUCAGUUCAAGUUUAGUUAUCAUCAUGUGAGACAAACCUAGAUGUGAAUCCUUUCUGAGAAAAAGAGAAAAACCCAGAAUAUUAUGACUGGCAUGAUCCAUACAGAUGCUAUUUAGCAUUUUCUUGACCAAAAUAACUUGUCAUGCUGCUGACAUGUGUGCACAUAGAUAUGUGCUAAUGCCAAAAUGAACCCAGCCUUUACCUGAGCAUAGGUGCUUUUCUAGAAGCAAAAUUAAUCGAGGAACAAAAUGCCUCAUUAUUCUUGUACUUUCAACUCUGCUUUUUCAUCUGCCUUUGCAUUUUGGCAAGUAGACUGAGAUUGUGGCAUUUCAGCCACAUCAAGUGUGCCUGGAAACUGCACUUGGGAGAAGAAGGUGGAAAAACAAGCUGCUGGAGAAGAUUUGUUUUUUAAGGUAUAAGAAUUGCUAUAUUUUUCAAUAUAGUUUUCUAGGCAAAUUGCUCUUUUCAAAUUCCAUUCUAGAGUUACAGAGAUUUUUUUUUUUUCCUGGUGAUACUUUGCAGAACUUGAAAGGAUGUUUCCUUCCCUAUUUUUGUAUACACACAAAAUAAAAAGAGAGAUGAUGAUUCGGCUGGCUGCUGCAGACUCAAAAUUCCAAAGUUAGCUUUAUGCAAGAAUGAUUUAUAUUUUAAAAUAAAUCUGGAUCUUCAGAUUGUGAAGUUCUUUAAAAGAUGAAUACACUUAUCAACAUCUUGCAUAUAGGGGGUCUAAAAUAUAGAGCAUUACAUUGCUUUUUCAAGAUAAUUAAGCUGAAAUUAUUAAACAAAAAAAAUUAGUAGGAAAGUAAUACAUAUGGAACUUACAUGUGAAUAAAGUAGUUUUUAUCAUUAUAUAGUUAUCAAAAAUUUAAACAAAAAUUAAAUUACUGGAUAGAUAUGAAUAAAACUAUAAGUUUUUUGAAGCUUAAAGUCAUGGAAAAAAUUUGUGCAUACAGCUAAACUACAGCUUGUCUAGACAUCUAAUACAUCCUUGGGUUCUUCUAUCAGAAUACAGUUCAAUUAUCAAAAGUGGAGAUUAAAAGCUUCAUACUGACAUUCUGUGCAAAAGUGACACAAAAACUCUCUGAAUAUUAGUCUAAGCUUCACAUAGCCCUGCAUUUUUAAUAAUUUGAAAGCUUUCUCAGUUUUUUCACUGAGAGUUAUUCUGUUGCCAAUGAUUUGUGUAUAAACAACACGUAAGAAAGUACUGGUUUUAAUUUUCUGUAAAUGCUUUAUAGUUAUUUAAAAACAGGCAUAAUGGAAAUAUAAACACUUUAUAUCCAAACCAGAGAAAUAUUUUGCUAUUAUGCAUUUUAGUCAGUGAUAGCCACAGGUUUUGUACAGAGAAGUCAGGCAGUAUAAAAAUAUUUAUUAUUUAUUCAGAGACUCAGAGAUUAAUGCUUUCUGUUAUUUAGACAAUAAACCAUGUUUGCAUUUUACUAUAUAUCCCCAUAAUUCUGCCUGUAUCAGGUGCUGAUGUGCUGUACUUGCAGACAGAGACCAUCUCAUAAAUUUUAAUUCUUAGAAGAAAUCUUACAGAAAUUCUUAUUUUCAUUCUAUAAGAUGAUUUUCUCUAUAAAUGUAUGUAUCCUAAAGCUAUUUUUAAACCUGGUACUUUUAGCAUUUAGAAACAGGACUGAACAUAGAUAAUGAUGCUUUGUGAGUUGCUAUUCUUAGUUGGUUUUAAUGGAGGCUUUAGGACGGUAUCCAUCACAGAUAGUCAGGAAUUAGGGCAGUACUGAAUUUGGUAUUUAUUUAUAACUGUGUAUGGCAUAAAGUCAAAACUGCUAUAAUAUAAACCCCGCAUCUCAUACUAUGAUAUAAAGUAAA